AUGCACUCUUCCGGUUCUAUGAUCAAUCGCCGCCCUCUCUCCCCUUCCACCGAGGCCGAGCUACGACGCGCCUGCCAGGCUUUCGCCAAAUAUAACAAGGGCGACGGCGACUCUGCCAAACCCGAUUUUGAGCUGAUCCAUCGCUACAUGAGUGACAAGCAUCCUCGUCCACACAAUUCUUCCAGACCAUCCCAUCCUCACCCCAAUCGCCGAAGAGAUGAUUCGUCACAAAAGAGAAAUGUCCCAAGACCUGGCAAGCAAUCCAUGGACGUACAUGUACCCUCAGCUUCUCUAGUUCCUUUUCCUGCCAAUGUCGGUUAUCGAAGAGACUCACCUUCUCCUCACAAAAUCGCCUGUGCCGACAAACCUCAUAACCAGCGCCAAGAUGAAGGAGACUAUAAUCGCAAGCGCGGCAGCGAGAACCGACACAAGAUGCAUGCAAAUUGGACUCUUGUUGACUCAGAUGACAGCUACUCGACUCCUCUCACUACGUCAACUGAUGUCGUUUACAAUUCUGGCUCAACCGCUAUGACAUCUCUUGCUAGUCCAAAUCGCGAGCCGAUACAGGAUUGUACAACCAAGUCCAGACUUGAACAAAAUGACAUACGUUCCAAGAAAGUGACAAAUAGGGCCCACGGUCGUGAUGAAGCGAAAGAGACCAGCCAUGGGGUAGCUGCAGCACGACCUUGCAAUGAACGGGUCCGAGGGUCAAGCCGUGAAUUGAGCCGUACCAGAAGCAUCACAGGAGAAAUUCGCGAUUACUUUCGCCCAGGCUCAGCUAACAGAGGCAACAUAAGUCGGUCAAGUUCUCAAGACUCUAUGCGGGACGAUGUUUCAGGCAAAAGACGUGGGAGCACGAGCAUCUGGCGGUCGUGGAGUCUGCGAAGGAAGGAAAGCAAUACGUCUUUGAGCAUACAGCCUGGGCACUCACAGGAUGACCGAUUAGAGAAACCUGUCCCGGACUUGAAUCGGGAGUUACCACCUCUACCCGGCUUAGAUCAAUGGAAAGGAGACAACUCGCUGGACGAGACAACCAGGAACAAUCCGAAAGCGCACAUCUCACAGUUGAUGGUCAAGUCGAGCGCUCCUCCAAUGACAGAGAGGUCAAUGUCGAAGCCUGAACAGAUACGAUUGCCCAAAACAAGGAAUGAAUUGUUGCACCUCAAACCAACGACAGCUUUGAAUCACCCCAGAAAUGGAACACUGUCUGACGACGCGACGAGAAAUAUGUUACCUCGCAGGUCUUUGACAGGUGCUGAUCUAAAGCAAGCACACGCUAUCGUUACAGAUAAAGAGAAUGCACAUCCAGUAAAAACCCAAGCAUCAAAGGGUUUCGAUUUUGAUGCUCUGUUAUCUGCGAUGGAAAGGACUGAAAUCGGUCAGGAAUGGAUAAAGCCGCAGCGUCAGGCUCAAGAACGCGCUUCUCCAACAGAAGUACUAAGGACCACCACAAGUGCAAAAUAUAGCCUUGAUCAGAAUCGCGGCGACAUGCCGAACUUUAGUCGAAAGAUCAGUUGCGAAGCUCCCCGACGGCACAACACUGCCCCUAUAGACCAUACACUAGAGUGUUCGAACUAUAGCCCAAAACAAACCAAGGGCCUCAGAAGAGUCUUUGGUGGGCUUCUGACGAGGAAGAAAAGUACAAUAAAGAAUUGGGCUGUGAAUGGUCGUGAAGAUCACUGCCAACAAGGCGUUGGUAAUAAUUUUGUUCUUCAUGACGAGGCUGCCGAUGCGCCGGUUAUAAGGUAUUAG